AUGGGACGCAAGAAGAGGAAGCAGAUCAAGCCUUGGUGCUGGUAUUGUAAUAGGGAUUUUGAGGAUGAGAAGAUACUAAUCCAUCAUCAGAAGGCGAAGCAUUUUAAGUGUCCUUUUUGUCACAGAAAGCUCUUUACUGGUCCUGGUCUUUCUAUUCACUGUAACGCCGUUCACAAGGAGAAGCUGGAUAAGAUUCCAAAUGCAUUGGCUCAUAGAGCUAGCACGGUGAUUGACAUUUAUGGCAUGUCCGGAAUACCAGAGGCCGAUCUUCUUGAGCACGAAAGGCAGAAGCUUGGUCAGGAAGGUGACGAUGAGCCCCCGGAAAAGGUUGAACGUGUGGAUGAUACAGCUAGCUCUUCUUUUGUUCCUCCACUUCCCCCUUUCCCAUUUAUGCCUCCGGUGCCGACCGUGAUGCCGUACAUGCCGGUUGUUCCUGGGGGGGUACAACCGUUUCUUCCUGGAGUUGUUCCUACUCCUCCUCCGCCUCCUCCACCACCACCGCCGCCCCCACCGACAUCGGAAGCAUUAUCAACGGCGACCGAUGUGUCGUCACCAAAACCAACCUUCCCUGCUUAUUCAGAGGCCGAGAUUGCGAAAGCCUCCGCUUCUAAAAUUAUUCGGCCCGUUUCUGGCCUGAAUGGAGUAGCGGUCGAGCUCAUUUAUCCGGAGGAGGAUUUGUCUUUGGAGGAGUUAAUGGCUGCUAAGCCGAAGUAUCAAGAGAUGCUUAAACGGGCGUUGCAACCUCCGCCACCACCACCACCACUUACAGCUAUUCCGGCGCCGAUAUUGCCAACUACAACGCCGGGCAUGCUUUCUCCUUACGUCCCGCUGCCUCGUGGUACUCCUGUCAGUACGACUGGAGUGCCCUUGAUGCCUAUGCAGCAGCCAAUGUAUGGGGUGCCUGGCUACCCGCAGCCCAUGGGGCAGGUGCCGCCAACUUGGAUGGGGCUUCCGAACGUUCGGUUCUAA